GUUGCCACCACGCAACUACUUCCAAGGCAAUAAAUGCUGUCUGGAGUUAGAGCUCCUUAAGCAUAUUAAGAAAGUAAUUGCAAGUGCCAGCACCUGUGUCAGAAGGCUUUCCUAUUAAAGCUGACUGCAGGAGGCUGCUGCCCUGAGUGCUUUUGAGGAACUUGUGCAGUGUGUUGGCUGCUGCUGCUUGGGACAGCCCCCAUCCUGAGUCCUGAACAGCUCUGUGGCAUUUCCAUGGGGCUGGCUGCGAACAUGAGAGCAGGGCAGGUGCUGCUGGUGCUUCUAGCUGCCUCCAUGGUAAUGCCUGCCAAGGACCCACUGCUGAAUGUCUGCAUGGAUGCCAAGCACCACAAAACCAAGCCUGGCCCGGAGGGGACGCUGCAUGGCCAGUGUGCUCCCUGGAAGGACAAUGCCUGCUGCACAGCCAACACCAGCUCAGAAGCCCACAAGGACCAGUCCUACCUGUACAACUUCAACUGGAACCACUGUGGGGUGAUGCCACCCAAGUGCAAGCGUCACUUCAUCCAGGAUACGUGCUUGUAUGAGUGCUCACCCAACCUGGGGCCCUGGAUUGACCAGGUUGACAGCAGCUGGCGAAGGGAGAGGAUUCUCCAUGUGCCACUGUGCAAAGAGGACUGCGAGGAGUGGUGGGAGGACUGCAAGGACUACGUCACAUGCAAAGAGAACUGGCACAAGGGCUGGAACUGGGCAACAGGAACGAACCGCUGCCCCUGGGGCUCCAUGUGCAGGCCCUUCACCCAGGUCUUCCCCAGACCAAAAGAUCUGUGUGAGAAGAUCUGGUCCAACUCCUACAGAUACACCACAGAACGCCGGGGCAGUGGGCGCUGCAUCCAGAUGUGGUUUGACCCCGCGCAGGGGAACCCCAAUGUGGUCGUGGCCAAGUACUACGCUUGGAAGAAGCGAUCCUCUCCUGCCAGGAUGGAGGACAUGACUCCUGAGGCUGGCAGAGCUGCGUGUGCUGUGCCACGGCUCGUCCUGCUGCUGGCCCUCAUGCUGCUCGCUGCGGGCUGGGGGUCCUGUGGGUGGAGGUCCCUGUGACAGCUCCCUGAGGGGAUGGGGCUUCUCUUUCUGUGAAGGAGGAGACUGCUCCUGUGGCAUGAGUGGCACUUGGUCUGUUCAGUUUGCUCGUGUGCCCCAGUGAACGCUCAGCAUGGACUGCGUUGUUGGACCUUGAUGCCCACUGCUGCUUCCAGCUGAUGGAGGCAGUGAUUUCCCUGCUGCAUGCAUCUGUUGUGUCUGAGCUCCUUCAGUCUUCCCACCCUGUGUUUGCUGACUCUUGGCCAUCAGCACCUGUCCUACGGGCGUGCUCUGGGUGGGUGGUGUUUGUUCAUGAUCCUUUUCUGAAUGCUGGCGUCUGAUCCUUCUGCAUCCCUGGAGAGUGGGGUUGGUAAUAAAAGAACUGCUCUGAAUCA